CCUGUGCAAUUUCCCCGUGAAUUUACACUUCCCACAUGUUAAGGAUAAUGAGCUUUUAAGCAUUGGUUCCACAAUAUUUUCUUUCCCCGGGUUUAGAGCAACCUUUACUCCGCCUCCACCCAGGAAAAGAACUUCUUGUUGCGUUGCCUAAACCGAGUCCCAACCUUUGUUCUUACUCUGUGUAUUUCAUGAUCAGUUCGAUUCAUACGCGUUUAUUCUUCCCCGUCUCCCUUUAUUUGCGGGUGAUUUUCUCUACAAUGCCAGGCAGAACAGUCUUACCAAGCAAAGAACAGGCAUUGCCAGGUCGAGCAGAAAAACUGAGCGUUCCAGAGCGACACAAAGAAAUCCCCAUGAUGAGAGGAUCAUUUACUGUGGAUGUUCUUACAGUCACUGCUGCAGUACUCUUAACAUACGGGAUUCCCUGCUGUGGAAGCCCGACAUCUGGCCAGUCUACCAAAGAAUCCUAUUGCUUUAAAGGAAAUUUACUGCAAUUGAACACUUUAACAAGCCCGUUGGUUCACUUGAGUGACUACAUAUGCCUGUUUGUGGACUUCUUUGCAAUUGCAGCCAGGCAUGCUGUCAGUGGGAACCCAACCUGUGAGCCUUUCCCACCAGAGAUGCAAAUGGCCACAUUUGCAAUGGGAUGCUUCUGGGGUGCAGAGAGAAAAUUCUGGCAGCAGCCUGGUGUCUUCUCCACUCAAGUGGGCUACACUGGAGGAUUCACUCCAAAUCCUACGUACAAAGAAAUCUGCUCAGGGCUGACAGGGCAUGCCGAAGUAGUGCGAGUAAUCUAUGACCCAGAGAAGAUUAGUUACCAGCAGCUUCUCAAGGUCUUCUGGGAGUCUCACAAUCCAGCGCAAGGUAUGAGACAAGGAAAUGAUGUUGGAACUCAGUACCGUUCUGGGAUCUACACAUACAUUCCUCAACAAAUGGAUGCUGCUGUAAAGUCCAGAGAUGCUUAUCAGGAGGAGUUGACCAAAAGGAAGCUGGGUAACAUCACCACAGAGAUCCGGGAAGCAACCGAGUUCUAUUAUGCUGAGGAUUAUCACCAGCAAUAUCUUCAUAAAAACCCAUAUGGGUACUGUGGGUUGAGUGGUACUGGUGUGGCUUGUCCCAUAGGCCUGAAGAUAUCAGGGGAGCUGUGAAAUAGUGAUAUAUGUCUACCUAGGAUAAUAAAAUAACAACUGCAUACUGUUAGCACUACCAAGCAAGCUGCCUAAAUAAACAAAAACUAUUUUAUAUGUAUAUGAGCAAUAUAAAGCUGGAUAGAAUUUAAUUGUAAAAUAAAAAUGAUUAAUAUAGCAUACAAGCUUAUCAGAAUAAUAAAUUCAAAUCAUUUGCAUAUGAAAUGGCUGUUUGUCAAAAUAAUUUUACUCAAAGAACCUUGAAAGCAUAUUGAUUGCACAUUAUCUCCUGACCAUUCCUUGCAGAAUUUGCAUCUGUUGUUGGAUACCAUUAGCAAGAAAAGAAAAAAACACAGUAUGCAGGUUAUGGGUGUUUAUCAUGUAACAAGUGUUUUAGGUAUAAAAUUUGCUUAACUGAGUAAAGGAUUUACCAUGGAAGAUUAA